AUGGUUUACCAGGGCCGUGUCACGACAUAUAAUUUUCGAAAACGUGAUAGUUACUAUACUUAUUCCUCUCGGCUGGUGGGUUUGAAGUUUGAAGUCGCCAACGGACCAGAACCACCCAUAUUGGAGAGUGACUUGUCCAGGGCCAUAUAUGACGACGACAUUUAUGCCCCAGAACCUGAUUCCCAAGGCGGUUUUCUCCCAGGUUUAUUUGUAUCAGGCCAGCCACCCAACCUAGUACUGGAAGUUCACGGUACCUCCGUUUCCAAAAGCCGCCGGCCUGUUGUUGCUGUGAACGAAUGGGAUCACGGGAACGGCCUGUCCGAGGUUUUAUCCAGCCUUGUUCGAUAUCCUUCAAUGGCCUGAUUUGUCUUUAGCUUUCCAAGAAUUAUCUGGAUUGCCGUCCUCAACAGGCGGUCAACGAGCAACAAGAGCGAGGGAAAGAAGAAAAGAGAGAAGAAGAAAAAGAACGAGGCUCCAACCACUCCAAGUUUACGGAAUACAUACUUACGGAAUUUCUCCCCCUCUCCAGAACCAAGGAACACACCCUGUACGUGGCGUAUUUCAAAGCGGUCACCGCAGUUCCAUGGUAGUUAUAUCCAUUCGAGGCUGGCAAAAAGGUUGGUUGGCGGCGCCACCAAGGCGAAAUGAGCCAGAAGUUAGCUUUUCUUCCAACAGGCCAAAAAAAAAAAAAAAAAAAAAGCAGAAAGGAUAAAAAACCAAACCGCUGAAUUGACCUGCUCACUCGUCAGAAUCUCGCACCCGGACCCCAGUUAGCCGAGAUGUGCAUUCGAGUUGGAGAUUCAAGGCCCUAAAGCACGCCAAUGAACCUCUCUCUGGAGCCUACUCCGACCUUCCCUGCAUAUCAAGUUAACAAUAAUAGGCGGCAAAACGGACCGUAUGAUUGCCGCAAGCACAGCACAGCAACAAAUGGCCCUAAAGCGCGGCCUAACCCGCGCUACUUGUUAGUUCUUCGAGGCGGUAAUUAUUAUUCUGUCAAACCUGAAACAUCGCAUCGCCAACUCAUCUGAUAGCCGGGUCUGGGUCGAGAUGAAUGGGUUGCUACAGACUGGAGCAAAGAGAAGACAAUUCCGCGGUGAGCAAUUUGGCCGGCCUCUGUCCAAAUCACCUGGAGGCUUCAUCUCCCUCACCGGGUGUCAAAACCCAUAACACUUAUCUCGAGGUCUGCUAACUGUCACACUUGCUCUUCAGUUCUUUGGUUGGCACCUGCAUUCUCCAACAGUCAUUGUAACGAUCAACACCUAUCUUUUCGUUGCGGUUGUGCAACAAAGCCCCAAGGCAACGUGGUGAUUGAGAAAGAGAUGUUGAGCUGAGAGUUACUCAUUCGUUCUCUCUGGUUCUUCUGAUAUUUGAUACUAUUUUUGUUCUGUUCAUGAGGCGUGUAUCUUUCUUUUCAUUUUGCCAAUGAACAAUACAGAACGGUCACGGAACCCGCGCUAGAACGAUACGGCUCAAAAUAUUACAUCUAGUAUAUGUAUGUAUGUACUGUACUGACACUACGUACGAAACCGGUCAUGAAAUAUAAAAUACAUACAUCCCUUGGUCCCCGUACCCGGG